CUGUCUGUGAGAAGAGUGGCCAGGUUGCCUUCUUGACAACAAAGGAACGAGAGCUAUUUCCUGUGAAAACAUCCAAGGACAGAUUUGGCAAUGAAUUAUGUCCCUUAAAAGGGGCACCACAUAGAGGACCAGGCUGCUAUGACAAUGAUAAGAAAACCAAUCUUGUUCAUUUACUUGAGACAAAAAUUAUGUCUACCAAAGGCUACACUCUGGCUGCACGAACCGGACCUCGCCUUGCAAAAGAAGUAGCAUUCCAAACCCCUUGUCCAACAGAAUACCAGAGGCAUUACCAUGAUCCUAAAAAUUCUCAAGAAUCCAAGAAGCCGUUUCAGACUGGAGCAGAUAGAUUCACCAUGUCUAAGAAGGACAUUAUCAAUGCAGUUCCCGGAGCUGGAACCUAUGAGCAUCAGAUUCAUCUUAAUCGCAAAGUGCAGUGGCAUCAGUCUUUUGGUGGUUCACCUGUUUUUCUGCCUACAGUUGCUCUGAGAAGUACUAUUGAUCGGAAUACAGAAAAGCUGUACAGCACAAAAGAGGAAAAGAAAUAUCAAAGAAAGCUUGCUUACCUGAAACUGUAUUACUAA